AUGGCUAAAGACACUAAAGACCUUCACAUAGUAAUGGUUCCAUGGUUAGCAUUUGGUCAUAUGAUCCCUUUCUACCAGUUUGCUGCAUCCCUAGCCAAAAAGGGUGUAAAAGUUUCAUACAUAUCAACCCCAAGAAACAUUAACAGGCUCCCUAAAAUCCCAUCUGAAUUAGCUUCCCAUUUUCAAUACAUUACUCUCCCUAUGCCUAAAAUUCCUGAUGGGUAUCUGCCCCAGCAAGCUGAAGCUACUGUCGACGUCGAAUUUGAUCAGAUUCCACACCUAAAACUGGCUUAUGAUCAUCUUCAUGACCCAAUUCAGAGCUUUGUAAUGAGCCAGUCCCCUGAUUGGAUAAUCUGUGACAUUAUAUCAUACUGGAUGCCUGAUGUUGCUAAGAACUGUCGCGCCCGGCUGAUGCAUUUUUCUGUUUAUACAGCUACCAUGCUCUGUUUUGUGGGUCCAGUAGAGUAUCUUUCAGAAGAUGGGUACAUGAAAGUUAGACCUACACCAGAUUGUUUGACAAAACUGCCUCCUUGGGGUGGAAUUUUAGACCCUUCUGUGGUAUUUCAUGGGUAUGAAGCAGCAAGAUUUCAUGUUGGAUUCUAUAGAAAAGACCCAUCAGGGAUAUCUGAUGCUGAGCGGAUUGCAAAUGUUCUAAAAGGGUGUGAUGCUGUUGCUGUACGCAGCUGUAGGGAGUUCGAAAAGGACUCCAUCGAGCUUUAUCAGAAGCUGGUUCGCAAGCCUGUUGUGCCGGUAGGCCUGCUCCCACCAGUCGAGCCACAUGAGGGAGAUCAAUGUAUGGAUGGAAAAUGGGAUGAAGUGUUCAAAUGGCUUGAUCAACAGAGUAGAAGAUCAGUUGUUUAUGUAGGAUUUGGGAGUGAGUAUAAGCUUAGAAAAGAUGAAGUAUAUGAGAUUGCUUAUGGGCUAGAAUUGGCUGAAGUGCCAUUCAUAUGGGGUCUAAGAAAACCCACUUGGGCUAUGGAUGAUUUGGAAUCUUUGCCAUCAGGAUUUGGGACUAGAACAUCAGGGAAAGGGAUUGUGUGCAUUGGGUGGGUCCCACAGUUGAAAAUACUAGCUCACCCAUCAGUUAGAGGGUCUUUGUUCCAUUCAGGGUGGGGGUCAAUUAUAGAGAUAUUACAACAUGGACAUAGUCUUAUAUUGUUGCCUUGUAUUGUUGAUCAAGGGUUGAAUGCAAGGAUGAUGGUAGAAAAAGGUUUGGGGAUUGAAGUAGAAAGAAGAGAAGACGGGUCGUUUACAAGAGAAGACAUAGCUUGUGCACUGAAACAAGCCAUGCUUGGAGAUGAAGCACAAAAGAUUAGGGUUGAAGCUAUGAAGGCUGCAGCAGUUUUUGGUGAUCAGAAGCUGCACCAGGAAGGAUAUAUGAAUAGGGUUCUUGAAUUUCUAAGAAAUGGAUCUAGAUAA